AUGAAGACUAUCAUUCUACUGUUUUGUCUUCUAGGAUCAACUCAGUCAUUACCAGUCUUCCCUUCAUUGAGUUUAAUACCACUGACACAGAUGCUCGCCUUGGGGUCAGAUCUGCAAAUGCUAAACACUGCUACAGGUGUGGGGCCUGGCACCCAGACCCUCCCAGUGAACCUGGGCGGGGUGACUGUACAGCAGCAGCUGCAACCACAAAUGUUACCAAUUUUUGUGGCACAGCUUGGAACCCAGGGUGCUAUCCUAAGCUCAGAAGAAUUGCCGGUGGCCCCACAAGUCUACACGGGCCUCCUCAUCCACCCCUGGUUUCCUGGAGCCUUCCUGCCCACCAGCCAGGCAGGGUCUACUCCCGAGGGCCAGGAUGGGGCCCUUCCUGCAGGCCAAGCAGCAGCACAUCCUGCCAUCCAGGGAACCCCCGAAGGUCACCUCCCAACUCCCAGUGGCACCGACUACCUCUCCGGAGUGACAGCCCCUGCUGGCCUCCAGAGGGACAUGCACACCACUGAGGAAGCUACCACAGAUGGCCUGGGCUCAGAGCCCAGGCAGCGAAUUGAUGAUGACGUGCUUUUUCACUCGCGGAUCCUGGAGGAACCUCACAUCUUCCUGACAUAG